AUGCUCGAUUGAUUAUCAGUAGUACUAGAUCGGGCGUGUUUGGUGACAUAUAACGAUGAUACGAAAAGCUCUUUCUAUUAUAAAAAGCGAUGAAGGUGUUGUGGUUGGUGAAGUCGAAGAAGAAUUCACUGUGGUACCUGCAGAUAGAGCAGAAGAACUCGAGGUUCAAAGAAUCAGAUACAGAAUAUGUACACCCACUGUCUACCCCGCCGAUCCCUUCGACCCCGUGGCAGAUGCCGCCACCUUGAAGAAGGCCAUGAAAGGUUUCGGCACCGACGAGAAAGCCAUCAUCGACGUCCUGGCCCGUAGAGGCAUCGUCCAACGUCUCGAGAUCGCCGAAACCUUCAAGACCUCCUACGGCAAAGACCUCGUCUCAGAGUUGAAGAGCGAAUUGGGGGGUAAGUUCGAGGAUGUGAUGGUAGCCCUCAUGACUCCACUGCCACAAUUGUAUGCCAAAGAACUGCACGAUGCCGUAGCCGGAAUGGGUACCGAUGAGGAAGCUAUCAUCGAGAUCUUGUGCACAUUGUCCAACUACGGAAUCCGUACCAUCGCACAAUUUUAUGAACAAAUGUACGGCAAACCUUUAGAAAAAGAUUUGAAAGGAGAUACUUCAGGACAUUUCAAAAGGCUCUGUGUUUCUUUAGUGCAAGCUAACAGAGACGAAAACCAAGGCGUCAAUGAACAACAAGCCCUCGCCGACGCCGAAGCUUUGAUCGAAGCUGGCGAAGGAAAAUGGGGCACCGAAGAAUCCAUCUUCAACACCGUCCUCAUCACCAGGAGUUACCAACAAUUAAGAGCCACAUUCUCUGAAUACGAGAGGCUAACGGGCAAAGACAUCGAACAAUCCAUCAAGAAAGAAUUCAGCGGAGAUAUCGAAAAGGGAUUGUUAGGAAUCGUCAAGUGCGUGAAGAGCAAAGUUGGAUACUUCGCGGAACGUCUUCACUGGUCCAUGUCCGGUUUGGGCACCAACGACAAGACUUUAAUCCGUAUCAUCGUCUCGAGAUCUGAAAUCGAUUUGGCCGAUAUCAAACAAGCUUUCUUGGACAAAUAUGGCAAGACUUUGGAAAGCUGGGUGCAGGGCGAUACAUCUGGAGAUUACAAGAGAGUCCUUUUGGCCAUACUCGACUAAUUCCACAAUUAAACCAAAAAGCACUGUAAUCUUAGAUAAAUCUGUACGCCUUUACACUAAAACAAACAAAUUACUAGCUUUCGUCAUACUGCCAUUAGAAUAAACUCAAUUUUUGAUGUUUGCUGUCGAAAGUCACCUACAUACACUGAGACGCUACUUGUUUUUCUUUUGAGUGUAGCCUAACUUAUGUUUCUUUCGCGGUUACAUUACUAUACAGAACCUGUUGCCUUCGGAAACUCUCAAAGGUUUCGAAAAGAGUACAAAUUAACAUGUAGAAGAGGAUCUGAUCACACCAAAUAUAAGUUAGAUUAUGUUCAAAGUUGAUCUUCGUUAGUUUGAAAUUUUUCUCAGUGUACACGUAUUUUUGUAAUUUUGCAGGAUAAUGCUACCAGCGAGUUAAAGUAUGUUUUGGUACAGCUUACGUGUUACGGUUAAAAAAGUCCAUGUCACUCAGGUUGUCGACGUUUCAGAAUAUAUUGAUAAGAGAUCUUUUUAUUAUAACAAAAAAAAACCAUUGUUUAUUAUAUUAUACCUAUUUAAUUUAGUUUAGAGGCCUUAAUUGUUAUAAAUAUAUAUCACAGAGCUUUAAACAAUGUUGUUUGAUGUACGAAUUUUAAUUUUUUGUCUUUAUAUAAUUGUAAGUUUAUAGAGAGAGGGGUGUAGGGCAUGUUAUUCUACAUAUACUACUUUUGAAUCUUUUUAUAUAAAUAUACGUUUUCUUCAUCUUUUAUAAAUGUUUGUAAAUGUGCUUUAUUUGGUGCUUAACAGUAAAAUAUGUUGAGAAACUA